ACUCCACAAACACAAACCAGAAUUACCAGCUCAUAUCCUCUCUCUCUCUCUCUCUCUCUCUCUCUCUCUCUCGCUCUGUUGAAAUUUUCUAGAAGAAAGAGAGAGAUAGAGAAACAAGUGUAGGAAAUGGGGAUGGUCUCUUUCAUCUCAACUGUACCUUCCUUGCUUGCACUUGCUCCUCUCCCAUCUCCCACCACCAGCACCACAUCUGUUGCUGUCUCCAAAUACCCAAUUCAUGCUAGUACAGUUCGCUGUAAAAUUGAAGCUGACAAUGGUAGUGAGGAUCAAUUUGGUCGAAGAGACAUUCUUAAAUGCUUUGGGGCUACCCUUGGCAUGGAAAUAAUAGCAAGCUCAGGCUCAUAUGUUGAAGAGGCUAAUGCUGCUGAUCUAAUACAGCGCAGACAGCGUUCUGAGUUUCAGUCAAGUGUGAAGGGAACCCUUUUUACAGCUAUAAAGGCAAACCCAGAUCUUGUUCCAUCCUUAUUGACUUUGGCGAUGAAUGAUGCUAUGACUUAUGAUAAGGCCACAAAAUCUGGUGGCCCAAAUGGAUCUGUACGUUUCAGCUCAGAGAUUAGCAGACCAGAGAAUAAGGGGCUCUCUGCCGCAAUGAAUUUAUUAGAGGAAGCAAAGAAGGAAAUAGAUUCAUAUUCCAAGGGUGGUCCUAUUUCAUUUGCGGAUCUCAUCCAAUUUGCAGCACAAAGUGCCUUAAAGUCUACAUUUCUAGCUUCUGCCAUCCGUAAAUGUGGUGGAAAUGAAGAGAAAGGAAGCUUACUAUACACUGCAUAUGGUUCAAAUGGGCAGUGGGGCUUGUUUGACAAGCAAUUUGGGAGGUCAGAUGCUCAAGAGCCAGAUCCAGAAGGGAGGGUUCCCCUGUGGGCGAAAGCAAGUGUUCAGGAAAUGAAAGAUAAGUUCUCGGCCAUAGGCUUUGGUCCCCGCCAGCUAGCUGUUAUGUCUGCAUUCUUGGGUCCUGAUCAAAUGGCCACUGAGACCUUAUUGGCCACAGAUCGAGAUGUUGCUCCAUGGGUUGAGAAAUACCAAAGAAGCCGAGAAACAGUCUCUGAAACUGACUACGAGGUUGACCUAAUAACUACCCUCACAAAAUUAAGUGCUUUGGGGCAACAAAUCAAUUAUGAGGCAUACGCAUAUCCUGUUCAAAGAGUUGAUUUCAGCAAGUUGAAAUUAUAGGAUGGCACCAUAUGGUUGUCUAUCAAGCUUGAAGCAGUACUUACCCCUACAAGAUGAUUAUCAAUUUUUACAAGGAAAAAAGAGGUCUCUGGAGUUUUAAAGGUUUAGAGGGAAGCUCAUUUGGCAUCAAAUCCAAGUAUUACCCGCGGAAUUUUAUUUAUAUUUUUGCGUGCCGGAGUGGAAUAUUUGUUUCUUUUAAGGUGUAUAGCUGAUGUAUAACAGCAUUUUUCUUCAUAAUUGAGAUUCAAGGAACUAACAACAAAUCUCACAUGAAAUUAUGAAUUUUUUAAAAUUUUUGGUUCAUGGUA